UUAGCUGUUAUUAGUUUCCUUCAUUUCCUUGUCCUUAAUUUUCUAAUCGUUUGCAUCCUUCUGAUCGUGCUGGGCUCGAUCAUGUUGUUCGAUCUCAAUCACUUUGAUAGUGAGGGCGAUGGAACGAACACCAGCACCACCCCCAUUUGCGUCACAGUUUUGGGAUGCCUGAUCUUCGUGGUGUCCUUCUUCGGAUGCUUUGGCAUUUUCAAGCAGAGUGCCUGCAUGACGGGAGCGUACACGAUCAUGGUAUUCGUCCUCUUUAUCCUGCAACUGGUGCUCACCUGCUGGGUGUUUGUGAACCGUAAUGCAUUCCUGGGGGACAUGAGCAAUUUGUUAACGCUGCUCUGGAACUCCAAGGACUAUAAUGCAACUAGCUCAUCAGAAGGCCAAAAUCAAAUUAUACAAGCAGCCAUCAGGAACCUCUUAGUUGGACAAGCCCGAUCACUCUUGAUGAGAAAUGUACCACAGGACUGGAAGGAAUUGAGAAGACUACUUAUCGGCGAGUUCAACAGCGCAACGCCUCCACAUCGAAUGAUAGCCGAAUUACAUCAACAACGCAAGUCUGAACCAAUGGACACAUUUGAAAAUUUUCAGACAACAGCCUCGGACGAAACACAACAGCCAUAA